AUGAACCCUGAUGUAUUUUGUGAAGAAGAUUUUCUACCAGCCGAAUUGCCCCAGUCAGCAGAACCUACGGCCAUUCAAAACGUUGAUGAAUCAAUGGAAAUUCAUAGCUCAGCGCCAGGUUUAGAAAGCUCUUUAGUACCUGGCACAUCAAUGCAAGAUAAUUCACAUCCACCAACAAUGACACCACAAAGAACUUCUAGCUCAGUCAAUUGUCCAGACGCUGACCCAUCAGUGGAAAUUGUUUCAACAGCACCUGGCCCAAUAUAUUCACCAGUUCCUAGCACAUCAUGUCAAGUUGAUUUAACAGUCUCUAGUCUUGAUAUUGGCUGCGUUUGA